AUGGAACUUUUUUAAAUUAUUGAAGAGGUUGUAGAUGACGAUUUACUUUUUAUUUUAAAAUAUGGAUUGAUCAUAUCUAACUUCAUCACAAUAUUUAUCCUACUAUAUUUUAAAUCAAAGAAAUAGCAUAAUUAGAAAGAAGUAAGAAUUAAAAAUUACAUAAGGAAAAAAAAUGUGUUUUAAUAGUCACUGCACACCCUGAUGAUGAAGCCAUGUUUUUCUUACCUACAAUUUCUUAUUUAAAUGAUAAAAAUUAUGAAGUUCAUUUACUAUGUUUAUCAAAUGGAAAUGCAAAUAAUAUUGGAAAAAUUAGAGAAGCAGAAUUAUAAAAGUGCUGUAAAUACCUGAAAAUAAAUAAAGUAAAAUUUUUUCCUUAUUAAUCAGUUAACUAUUAUUAACGAUGAACAUUUAUAAGAUUCAAUGAGUAUUUCGUGGCCUAUAGAAAAAAUAUAAAAAAUAGUAGAAGAGUAAUAAUUAAUAAUUUAUAAAAUAUAGUUAUAUAUUGUAAAAUAAUAUAAAGGGAGUAAUUACAUUUGAUAAAAAUGGCAUUUCAGAUCAUGUGAAUCAUAUAGCUUGUUAUAAAGCAAUAUCUACAAUGAAAAGAAUUGAAGAUUUAAAGGUGUUUGUGUUAGAGACUACAAAUAUCUUAAGAAAGUACAGUUCAAUUUUAGAUUUCUUUGUAUCUUCUAUUCUAAAUGAUAAUUUAAUGGUUAAUCUAAAUAUUUUAAAGGCAUGGAAAUCGAUGCAAAUUCACAAUUCAUAAUUUGUAUGGUAUAGAAAGAUGUUUGUUGUGUUUUCAAGAUAUGCUUAUAUUAAUACAUUGAUUAAAAUUUGAGUUAAAUUUCGAGGGUUUAUUGUUAUUUAAAUUUU